CGGGGUUGGGCUUGGAAGCCGAACGGGCGGCGAACAAAGGCAGCCCCGGCCCGGCGCGCCGCCUCUGCGCCAGUCAGGCAGGCAGCCGGGAAGAAAUGAAGGGUCGCCGGUGCCGUCCCGCUUCUCCUGUGGCUGCUAACGCUUUGUGCUUUUGAGCGCUUGUAAUCGUUGAUAAGAGCGGGGACAGAACAGGUGUCCAGAGCCGUGGAUGACCCGGAAGGUGUACAGCCCCUCUCGGUAAACCAUGGCGUAUCAGCUGUAUAGAAACACCACGCUGGGGAACAGCCUUCAGGAGAGUCUGGAUGAGCUCAUACAGUCACAGCAGAUCACGCCUCAGCUGGCCCUUCAGGUGCUACUUCAGUUUGAUAAAGCUAUAAAUUCGGCACUGGCACAACGAGUCAGGAACAGAGUCAAUUUCAGAGGGUCUCUGAAUACAUACAGGUUCUGUGACAACGUAUGGACAUUUGUACUGAAUGAUGUUGAAUUUAGGGAGGUCACUGAACUUGUGAAAGUGGAUAAAGUGAAAAUUGUAGCAUGUGAUGGAAAAAACACUGGUUCCAAUACUGCAGAAUGAAUAGAACUGUGGUUUGUCUGCAAUAUUUUCUCUUAAUAUGCAGCACUUUCUGGAGAGAAACAUGGAAAGGAACUGUGUUCAUACACAAUUCUUGUGAUGCAGAUGUGAGUUAAUCUAUACUAGAAAGCAUCACAGAUGACAGUGGAAGAAAUACCUGUAGCAUUUCUUCAGUUCACCUUAUAGGGCAUGAAUACAAUGUUACUUUUUUGUUUUGUUUUGGUUUUUUAAAAUUACAACAGAUACUGUUGCCUUUUUUGUUCAAAAUAAUUUCUGUAAUAAACUUUAUUUAAAAACUUG